AUGGACCUGCCUGAUUAUCACCAAGUACAACCACAGCCCCUCUUCCAUCACCCAGAGGAUAUGUUAUUAUUGGAAGAAUCUUCAACAUGUCAAGAAUUAAAGGCAGAGCCUGACAGCAGAGCAGAGCCAGAGGAGAGUUGUCCCAUCUGUGGAGACAAAGUGUCGGGAUACCACUAUGGACUGCUCACUUGUGAGAGCUGCAAGGGCUUCUUUAAGCGCUCAGUGCAGAAUAACAAGCGUUACACCUGUGCAGGACAACAGAGCUGCCCUAUGGACCUUUCACAGAGGAAACGAUGUCCUUCAUGUCGCUUCCAAAAGUGUUUGGCAGUGGGCAUGAAGAGAGAGGCGAUAAGAGCAGAUCGUAUGAGAGGUGGCAGGAAUAAAUUUGGCCCUCUGUACCGGCGGGACAGGCAGAUGAAACAGCGAAAGGUUUGUCACCAGACAAACACUGCUCCCUACAGGAUUAAAAUGGAAACUACUCAAAAACAACAACGACCCUCAGCUCCAAAUGACCCUCACCUAAUGAGCCAUCACACAAGUGCUCCAUUGCCUUCUGACACUUUCCAUCAGUCCCACAUGUAUCCCUCUGGCAUGGGGCAAUCAAGUGCACCCAUGCCUAUAGACUGCGAAAUGAACGCAGACAGGGAGCUCACCCCUCUUUCGCUGCCCUACCCUGGACUAUACCACCGCAUCUACCCUGGAUACCUGCAGGAGAAAGGAGAAAUAACUUUUAGCUACAGUCCGGCUCCAGCAAACUAUGUGCAUCCAACUCUGAAUGAUUCAUUUACACCAAUAAGCACACCAACACAAUCCCCGUGCCCAACGCCAAACUCCACCAUUCCUUUCUCCCGAGCUCCCACCCAAACCCACUACACAUCAGGUACUCUUACACCCAACUUCCUGAGUCAACUCCUGGAGGGGGAGCCCGAUGAGAGCCAGCUGUGUUCCAAGGUGCUCGCCAUUCUGCAGAAAGAACAAGCCAACAGAGGCAAACACGACCGUCUAAAUACAUUCAGCAUCAUGUGCAAAAUGGCUGAUCAGACGCUGUUUGGGCUUGUGGAGUGGGCCAGGAACAGCGCACUCUUUAAAGAGCUCAAGGUGGAUGACCAGAUGGUGCUGCUGCAGAGCUGCUGGAGUGAGCUGCUGGUCCUGGAUCACCUCUGUAGACAGGUGACCUUCAGCAAAGAGGGCUGCAUAUAUCUGGUCACAGGACAGCAGAUUGAUGUUUCAACCAUCAUCUCUCAGGCAGGACCGACACUAAGCAGCCUGGUAUCGAGGACUCAGGAUUUAGUGUACAAGCUGAAGUCAUUAAAGCUGGACAGACAAGAAUUUGUCUGUCUCAAACACUUGGUGCUAUUCAACCCUGAUGUGAAGUCAGUCCAGAGUCGCAGGCAAGUGGAGCAGACACAGGAGAGGGUAAACAGAGCCCUCAUGGAGCACACCCAGCAGAGUCAUCCAAGACACUCAGACAAGUUUGGCCAGCUGCUGCUACGGCUUCCUGAAGUACGCAGCAUUAGCCUCCAGGUUGAGGAGUAUUUGUACCAGCGCCACCUUCUGGGAGAUUUGCCCUGCAACUCUCUAAUCACAGAGAUGCUGCACACCAAGCAUAACUGAGAAAAUGCUCUAUUUUUAAAGACACGAGAUAGAACAGCCACAGUUUACUGCUGUGAGUUUUUAUGUCCCUUUUUGGCCUUUCAGACACAACAGCAGUUUUUACCUUUUUUUGACCCAUUGUUGGAAAUUGUAAACAUCUCUUUAACAGCACAUCUCAGUUCAAUGACAGAAUUGACAGUAACAUUUGUGGUCAAGGAUCAACAUUCAACCUUAACCUGUCUCCUAAUUCUCCUCGGAUGCCCAUCAUUAACAGUAUUAUAACAGCUAAACAGCAACUAAUAUUUGUUUGCUGUCAGUGUUGUUAGACAGAGAACUAAGCACUACCCUGAUGUUUGUAAUGUGUGUGAAAACAAAAGAAAAAUGCUUAAUUGAAUAAAGAAAAGUGGUAUCUUGAUACUCCGGUGUGUACUUCAAACCCAUAACUUUAAUAAAUCAAGCGUUUACAGGUCAGUGUUGUUUUUUCUGGAUCAGCCAGGAAAGCUAUUGUUCUUCUCAUUCAUUCAUAGGUUAGUGGCACACACUGAUAACAAAUAGUCCUAUUCAAAAUUCUAAUAAACAAUGUGAAUGGGAAAAUAAACAUGAGAAUGACAAAACAUAGAUGAUGAUUUUAAAAGGGUUUUUAUUGGUCUGGUCCAGUUGACAAGGAUAGUCAAUUUAUGAAAUGAUCAUACAUAAUGUGCUGGCACAGAUUUUGGAAACAGAAGGGAAAGAAAACAUAAAUGUUAUGAGAAUUUCUAUGAAAUGAAUGAGAGACUUACAACCUUAACCAAAAAAGACACAAGUGGAACCUGAAACUAAACAUCUAAUGCAUCAUCUAAUGCAAACCAAAUAAAUACAUCUCUGGGGGACGUGGGGAUUUCUUAAGGGAUAAUUGCACAGAGUCAAAUUAUAGUGUUUACCUACCACAUACUACUCUUUACAAACUUAUAAAUACAAACAUCCACUAAGUCCACGCCUCAACACUCAAUCAUCUUUUUUUCCCUAGAUGUGGCUCCCAAAUUUUCUCGCACAUCUGUAUUGGAAUCUCAUUCAAACAAUAACAUUUGUUGGAGGCAGUCAGUGAAGAAGACAGCUGCACCACGGCAGCUGCUGUAGUGCUAAAGACUGCAAAUGAAGGGAA